AGUUUCUUGUAUAUAUAAAACACCGAAACUCACACUCUUUCUCUGUUUCUCUCUCUAGAUCACCCCCAAUCAAUAUAUAGAGAGAGAAAGUGAGAUGUCGGACGCUGUAAUAAAUGGACUGGCCGGUGCCGGUGGUGGAAUCAUCGCUCAGCUCAUCACUUAUCCCCUUCAAACCGUAAACACGCGUCAACAAACGGAUAGAGAUCCCAAUAAAGAGAAGAAAAAGGCGGGCACUGUUGAACAGAUGUAUCAGGUUGUGCAGCUAGAAGGCUGGGGUCGGUUGUACAGUGGCUUGGCUCCCUCGCUCGUGGGCACCGCUUGUUCGCAGGGUGUUUACUAUUAUUUCUAUCAAAUAUUCAGGAGCAAGGCUGAAGCUACUGCACUUAGACGUAAGAAGGAAGGAGCCGGGGAUGGAUCUGUUGGAAUGCUUUCAUCACUCAUGGUGGCUGCUAUGUCCGGGUGUGUAAAUGUGCUGCUGACGAAUCCUAUAUGGGUAGUAGUUACCCGUAUGCAGACCCACACAAAAAAAUCUCCAUCCGGCCAGGCGAAACCUCUUGUAUCAGAGCAUACAGUUGUUGGUGGAAUAGAGCCACCUCCAUACGCAACUAGCAAUGCGGUUCAAGAAGUCUUUGAUGAAGCUGGAAUCUGGGGAUUCUGGAAAGGCGUUUUCCCGACAUUGGUUAUGGUCAGCAAUCCUUCCAUACAGUUUAUGUUGUAUGAGACCUUACUAAAGAAGUUGAAGCAGCGUCGUGCUUCAAGCAAUAGUAACAAAGGUGUAACUGCUUUAGAGAUAUUUUUGCUUGGUGCGUUGGCGAAACUUGGGGCUACAGUUGUAACUUAUCCUCUUUUAGUCGUAAAGUCAAGACUUCAAGCGAAGCAAGCAAUUGGGGUGGACAAGAAGCAUCAAUAUAAAGGCACCCUAGAUGCAAUCUUAAAGAUGAUACGUUACGAAGGGCUCCAUGGAUUCUACAAAGGAAUGAGCACAAAGAUAGUACAGAGCGUUCUUGCAGCAGCAGUUUUGUUCAUGGUAAAGGAAGAACUUGUGAAUGGAGUUCGGUGGCUACUAGUGAAGGAUGCAGCUAAUGCUGUUAAAUCUAAACCUCUGUAACCGUAUAGUAACACAACACGCCCGAUUAUCAUUGUCCACACAAGAUACUUAAAAGUUUCCAAGAAAAAACUGCCCUGGAGGGAGGAAUCGUCCCCUUCCAUUGAAAAAGUUGGCAAGGAACUAAAUGAUCAUUGUUGUAUUUGGAUUUAGUGUAUUGUUUAGUGGAUAAGCGACAAAGCAUUGUAUGGUGUUGGUUUAAUAGGUAUAAACUAUUAUUAUGAUUAUUAAAUGUGAGGACAAUCUUGUGGUA